AUGGGAGAUGAGUAUGAUUUUCAUGAAAUAUUGAAGCGACUUGAGAAUUUAAGUGAUGAUGAAGACUUAGGAUCAGGCUCUUCAAUGGGAAUUCCUAUUUCGCCAAUACAAAAUUCAAAAAGUUCCAAAAAUUCAAGUAGCAAUUCUUUUAAUUCAUCAGUAUAUAUGGAUAAAACAAUCUUUACAGAGCUAAAUACGAGAUAUAAUUUAAAUUUACAGACAAAAGAUGAUCUUCUGAAUGAAUUUGAAAGAAUAACCCGAGAAAAUUCUGCGAAAGAAUACAGUGAGAAACAAUACCAAACCGAAAAAGAUGAACUUGUAUCUAAGAUAAGGAAAUACAAGGACCUUAACUAUCAACAAUCGCAUGAAUUAGAAGAUAAACUCGAUAUAAUACAGAAAUUAAAUAGAGAGAUUGAACAAUAUAAAGAAAAUGAAAAUAUUAAGGAUAUACAAAUACAAAAAUUAAAAGAAAAUCAAAAAUCAUUACGUAACGAACUUGAAUUAUCUCAACAACAAAUCAAAAAUUUAAAGAGCAGCGUUGAAAACAAUGUAGAAAACGUAUUCAAUGCCAUGCAAUCUAACUUCACAUCAUCGUCAGAAAAACUCAGUCAACUAACAGAACAAAGAAAUAACUUAACGCUUUUAGUAUAUAAGCAAAAGGCAUUAAUAGAUAGAUUAACUUCAUUACAAACAAAAAGUCCGAAUAAAAGUGUUGAAUCUAAACCAAAUUCCGAUAAUUGUCAAUUAGAUUUUAUUUUGAACGUUAUUGAAGAUAAUUCAAUCCAAUAUGGAAGUAGUCAUGUUAGAACAAAGAUAGAAUCGAUAUCAAACAAUAAAGAAAUCCCUGUUAAAGACAAAAUUAAUACAAUAAUUUCCUAUUUAAUUACUAAAGAAAAUGAAGAGCAAACAGAAAGAAUUAAAUUCCUCGAGUGCAAAUUAGCUAAUUUGGUUUCAGUACUAGAUCAAGAAUCAGCUCUUUUGAUGAAGAUUGCAUCCGAUGAGAAGAUUUCAGAAAUUGUUUUUCCUUCAGAAAAACAAACAAUUCCAACAGAAUUUCGUGAAAAACUCAUCAGAGAAGCAACACUUCUAUCAGCAUAUAUUGAUAAAACACUACCUAUAACCUUCAAAGCUCUUUCUGAAAUUCAAAAAUUGCAAUUCUCAGCUUUCGGAGAUGAAAAAGAUAUAAGUUCUAUUGUAGAAACAGCUUAUAAACUGCACGCUAGCAGAAAAGAUGACGCUCAAUCAUUAUUUUAUUUGUUUACUUCACAGUUAGCUGCAUCAUCAAUGCUUCGUAGGUUUGCAACAGAUAGAGAUGCUCGAGUUACAUUUUUGCAGAGAGAAAAUUCCAAAUUAAAAAGAAGUCUCGAUGAAUACAAUGCGGCAAUAAAAGAGAAUAAAGAAUAUAAAGAAAAGGAAAAUCAAAUGUUAGAAUUGCUUAGAUCUGUCUUUGAAAUACAUUCAGAAACAAAUGUUUUAACAAUUUUAGAAGCUGCAAUUAAUGCUUUCAGAAGGGCAUUUUCCGAAGGAGAAAGAGCUAAAAAAUUACGAUUGUCUUUAGAAAAAAUGAAAACAGAGUUCACGCAGAAAAUGUUUGAAGUUCAAGAGAAGUACAAAGAAGAAAUAGAAAAAAUGGAAGUUGAAAGAGUAAAAUACGAAAUGGAAUCAGCAACAUCAAUGAAAAAUCUCGAACUUGAAAAUAAAAAACUAUCAGAGAAAAAUGAAAAGAUGAGAAAAACAGUUGAUGAACUCAAAUUGAAUCUCCAGAAUAUUAUUGAAAAAUCUGAAAAAGUUCAAAAGAUAUGUGAAGAUCAAAAGAGAACAAUUGAUGAACAAACAAAGAAUCAUGAAAAACAACUGGAAGAUCUUGGUUUACAGCUGAAAGAUGCAAUAGAAAAGCAAAAAGAAGCAACAAUCAGUUCUAAAAGAUAUAAAGAUGAUAAUAAUAAAUUAAAACAGAAAGUUAUUGAAUUGGACCAGGCAAAUGAAAAGUCUCAUGCAAUUCUAAGAGAAGCAGCUAGAGCUGCGAGAGAUGAAGGAGAUUGUAUCAGAAGAGAGAUGAAUAAGCAAAUAGAAAUUGCAAAAUCUGAAGCCAAAGAUUACAAAGAAAAACUAGAAAAUGCAAUUAAUGAGAAAAACGCAAUUUUCAUAGAAAUGAAAUCUUUAUCAUUAGAAUUACAGAGCGUCAGACAACAAAGAGAUGCAGCUGUAUCAAGAGCGAAAACUGCAGAUGAAUUACUUAAAGAUAAAAUGGAAAAUUAUGAAUUAAAAGAAAAGGUUGUUAAUUUUAUUAACAGCUAUUCACAGCAUAGUGAAACAGAGCUUAAUGUUUUAUCGGAUGAAGAUAUUGUCAAAAGUCUUGAUUUUAUUGAAGAUGAAAUAAUAAAUAAUGAAGAUCAUCAAAUUGUGGCCAAUUGUAUGAAGUUCCUUUCAGUUGAAGAUAAAUUUGAUGUCGAAGAUCGCGUUUCUGAAAUUGUCGAACAAAAUUCUUACAUUGAAUCACAAAUUAAAACACUAAAAGGAGAGAUUGAUUCAAUUAGAGCAAUAAAAGAAAAGAACUCUGAUCAAUGGGAGAAGUGGGGUAGAAAACUACUAUUUAACCAAGAUUCAGAGAAAUUAUUAUCCGGAGAACAGAUUCGUCAAUUCUUAGAAGAAGAAAUACUAUCUUCUCGUAUGCCUCUAAGUCAAAAAGAGAAUGUCAGUGUGAAAAGACCUCUUAUUCCUGUUUAUUAA